AGAUCCACUUUCUGCCUCAGUUUAACUCCAACCCUAAACAAACAAAUCAAUCCACAGAUUUGUGGAUCACAGGUCUAGAAUAAUAUGAAUAUUAUUUACCAGUUAAAUGGGUCAUAUAAUGCUACAUGCACUUUUUUCAAGUUGUUUGAACUGAAAUGUGUGUUGGCAGUGUGUGUACACAACCACCCUAAAAUGAUAAAAAUCAACCAAGUGUUUUAUUUGUAACCUCGGUAAAUGUUUUCCCCUUUCUCAAAUCGAGCCAUCUGAUUAGGUGACGUCACACGGUCGGAGGCCCCUCCCAUGAUUGUUUGAUUGACAGCAGCGCUUCAGCACAGACUGGACUUGUGCCUUACCUCAGACCCGCCCUGAGUGAGCCGUCAUCAGUCCGACAUGCAGACGAGCAUGACUCCUAAGUGAUUGAGGUGUUUCGAUGUAAUAAUGAACAUACUGUAGCAGUAGUCAUUUACUCCCGACAUCUGAGCGACUGAAAUCACAGAGGAUUAACUUACGUUUGGAUCUGAGAGAAAUGCGUCCUCGAUCUACUUAAAUGCGUUUGUUCGUGCGCGAAUCAAUCAUUUAUGAUCCAGCCUCACCUACAAAAGCAUGCAGGGUCAGAACCUGGUGACGAAUAAUGUCUCGGUGGUCGAGGGCGAGAUGGCCAUCAUCAGCUGCCGAGUGAAAAACAACGACGAUUCCGUCAUCCAACUGCUCAACCCCAACCGACAGACCAUCUACUUCAGAGACGUUAGACCCUUGAAGGACAGUCGGUUUCAGCUGGUUAACUUCUCAGACAACGAGCUGCUGGUGUCGUUGUCCAACGUGUCACUCUCGGACGAGGGACGGUACGUGUGCCAGCUCUACACGGAUCCCCCGCAGGAAGCCUACGCAGACAUCACUGUGCUGGUUCCACCAGGCAAUCCAAUCUUAGAGUCCCGCGAGGAAAUCGUGAGUGAGGGGAAUGAGACGGAGAUAACCUGCACCGCCAUGGGCAGCAAACCUGCUUCCACCAUCAAAUGGAUGAAAGGAGACCAACCACUGCAAGGUGAGGCGACUGUCGAGGAGUUAUACGACAGGAUGUUCACUGUCACCAGCCGGCUCCGGCUCACCGUCUCUAAGGAGGACGAUGGAGUGGCCGUCAUCUGCAUCAUUGACCACCCAGCCGUGAAGGACUUCCAGGCCCAGAAAUACCUGGAAGUGCAGUAUAAACCAGAAGUGCAGAUUGUAGUGGAGUUUCCUGAGGGUUUGACAAGAGAAGGGGAAAAUCUCGAGCUGACAUGCAAAGCUAAAGGAAAACCGCAGCCUCAUCAAAUUAACUGGCUCAAAGUGGAUGAUGAUUUCCCCUCCCACACCAUGAUUAGUGGCUCUGAUCUCUUCAUCGAAAACCUUAACAAGUCCUUCAACGGAACGUACCGCUGUGUGGCAUCUAACUUAGUGGGAGAAGCCUAUGAUGAUUACAUCCUUUAUGUAUAUGAUGUUCUCACCACAACCCCCCCACCCACCACUACCACCAUCAACGCUUUCCAAGAUUCAAGAGCAGAUGGAGCACCACAGAAAAUCGAUCACGCCGUCAUCGGCGGUAUUGUCGCAGUGGUUGUGUUCGCCAUGCUGUGUCUCCUGAUUGUUCUCGGACGAUACUUUGCAAGACACAAAGGUACCUACUUUACUCAUGAAGCCAAAGGAGCGGACGACGCCGCAGACGCAGACACUGCCAUCAUCAACGCAGAGGGUGGACACAACAAUUCGGACGACAAGAAGGAGUACUACAUUUAACUGACUAGUCCCGUUUGCGUCCUGUGCCGAACAGCAAACUGUGGACUGCUGGGUUGGGAGGUAGGAGUUGUGGGAUUCAAUCAGGCUGGAUUCACACCUGUGCAGCUGAAGAGACGAUGAGGAGAAGGUGCUGCCAUCGAGACGGACGGGGUGUGGGAUGGCAGAGCACUAGGAGAGCUCAAUCUUUGACCGCUUCACCAUCCAACACCUCCUGCUGGGGCCGGUUUUGUUCAGUUUAAACAUUUGCUAAGAAUUUUGUGCCUUGUUCUGUUCUUACUGAAGUUCCCACUUUCAUCAGGACAGCCGCAAGCUACUGUCUCUCGAACAGUUCAGACCCGCGGUUAUUUUAUUUUCCUUUCAUUUUGGUUUUAAUUGCCGGCACAUCUUAACGCUCUCUCUCUCAUGCCGUUCUGUCUGCAGGUCUGAAAGAAACCACACACAAAGUUUCGAUGUAAGAUUCUGUCAGAAUAAUCGCUUGGGUUGUUUUCAUGGAUUGAUUCCAUGUAAUUUAUUUGACAAAUUGCCUGUUGCUCUCCUUAGUCCCUCAGAGAAUGACUUAAAGAAGAUAGAAACCACUUUUGUUGUGACCAGCAACAUUCAACAGCAGUAUUGUGUUGCAGCAUUAUUUAUUAUCUAUACUGUAUGUGAUUAUAAUCAGCUUGUGCUGAUAUUAGGGCUGUCAAUUGAACACAUUACUUCAAUGCAAUUAAAUUAAAAAAAUAGCAUUAAGUCAAAAUGCCCCUGAUCCAUACGUAAUUUUGUCAGUGACCUUACACAUUUUUGUCCAAUCUAUUUACUUAUUCAAAUUAUUACUAGGCAUAAUAUUUUUUUAUUUUUUAGAAGAAAAGAAAUAUCAAAACUGCUGCAAUGUUUAUGUUUUUAUCUGAAAAUGUGGUGCAAUCAACAUGCAAAAAAACUGUUUAAAUAAUGUAAGUCCCCAAAGAUGUAAUGAUAUUUAUGAAUUAAUAAUUUGUAAUAUAUAUAUACUAAAAAAAAAUUCUUAAUUAAUCUUUUUU